UUCAAUACAAAACAAUAACAUUCAAGCACUUUGGUAUCUUGUCGAUUCUGGAGGCCACCCCCGCUCUUCUAUCAACUCAGACUUUAAUCGCAAAGACAACGAUAACAAUUCUAUUCUUCUAGAAUACCUUCCUCAAGUCUACACCAUGUCUGAACAACCAGCAGCCGGUCCACCCGCAGCACUACUCCAAGUUGUAGUGGCUGAUCCAACCGCAAAUCAACCAGCUGCAGUUGCACGUCAGCCAGUUGCACAUCAAACCGGUAUCUCUGUCAUUCGCAUUGGCGGCAAUAAUAUCCAUCUGGACACAGAAAGUGUCGGCAUCAUUUGCGUCAUUAUCUUCGGUAUUGUGGUAGUCUUGGCUUUAAUCUCCUUGGCUAUCUUCGGCUAA